AUGGAUUACAUCUUUAAAAAAUUAUAGAUUUAGGCUCCAACAAAAGAAGCACAUGAUACUUUAGUAGGUGCGUGCUUAUUUAAACUUGGAUCUGGAUUAAUUCUCGCUUGGGGGUCUAUCAACCUGUAUUUUUAUUCCUAUUUUUUCGAAAUUGAAGAAGGUUUUUAGAUGAAAAAAGCAUCUGUAACAUUUGGACUAAUGAUGCUUUUUUUAGGGUUUGGAUCAGUAGUAUCAGUAUAGUUAGCAGAAAAAUUUGGUUUUGAAAGGAUAAUUAGAGGAUGUGGCAUUCUCUAUAUAGUGAGCAUAUACUUAUGUGUUUUCAUGAAAACAUUUAACUAAUUUGCAUUAUUUUAUUUACUCAUAGGUUGCACUGCAUUUACAAUAUCAGCUAUUCCAAUUUUGAAUUGCGUUUGGAGUCAUUUUGAUUAAAAUUAAUCUGGAAAGGUGAGCGGACUUUCAUUUUUUUGUUUGAGUCUAUCUACAAUUGUAACCAUAUUCCUCUUCACAGCUAUUAUUAAUCCUGAUAAUAGUUCUCCUACAAUUACAAAAAAGGAAGGUGACUAAGAAAUCAAAAUUUUUGAUGAGCAUAUCUCAAGUAGAUUUUAACUAACUAUGAUAAUAAUAAAUACCAUAUAAGCAAUAUUUUUAAUUCCUGGAUCCCUGAAGAUAACAAAAAAAAUUAUCACUGGCUCAUAAUAAGAUGAAAGUUCCUCAAGAAUUUAAGAAUUACAAUUCGUUUAAUAAAAUUCUUAACACUCUCCAAAUUAGUAAUAUGACUAUAAAAUUGAAGAAGAUGACGAAAAUGUUUAGAAUUAGAUUAGUUUAGAUAAAAAUAAAUCAAACGAUAAAUAAUAACUGAACAAAAAUAAAGAAAAAAGUGAUUAAUCUACAAGAACCUCAGGGAUUGUUGAAAGCUAAUAUUAUCCUCCAUUAAAAUAGAGUAUUUUUACUGAGCCUUUUAUGAUGAUUUACUUAACUGGAAUUUUGAAUGCUCUUUAUAUAGCAUUCCUCUCAAUGAACUUCAAGGUAUAUGCAUCUACUAAAAUUAAUGAUGAUUAUUUCUUGACUUUCAUCUUAAUAGUAAACUAAAUUCUCGGAGGAGUAGCUAAUCUUACAUUUGGUCAUAUCAUAGAUAGAUUUUGUUACAAAAAGUGUCUACUGAUUAUUUAAGUUGUCAUCGGAUUAUUUGCAGCUACUAUCCCAUUAAUUUCUACAAGUAAACCACUUCUCUUAAUUUGGUAUGUCACAAUUGGAAUGGUUAGUAACGGGUUGCAAACAAUUAUGGGUCCAAUAUUUAUAAAAAUAUUUGGAAUUGAUACAGGCUCAAAAUUAUUACCUAUAAAAGCUACUUCUUUUUUUGCUGCUGUAAUUAUCGUCUAAAUGGUAAAUUAUCUUGUCUUCACUUACAUGACUUACGACUCUGCAAUCACUUGUCUUGGAAUAAUUAUUUUCUUAGGAUUUGCUCUUUUAGCACGCUUAAAAACAAGUUACACUUGGUCACCACCACAAUGA